CUAGGUUUAUGACUGUGACCCCAUUUGGACAUGGCGAUGGAAUGCGGGAGGCUGGGGAAUCUCCUCUGGGAUGGAGGCUCAACAUUCGAUGCCUGGCUCAACAUUUGCUCCACAAAGAUUGCAGAGUUGCUUCUCACGAUUCCUCACUCGUGGGCACAAGCAGGCCUGCCUUCUGCAAUUGUGGUUCAAUUUGUACAUCUUUGCAUUGGAUGGUGGAGUGGCUACACCACGAAUCUUCUCUACUUGGAAUACAAGAAAGUCGCCCAGAAACGAGACCCGCAUCGAUUUGACAAUCACACUAUUCAGCUUCACGAGGUGCUGGGAGGCCUCAUGGGUAAAUGGUGGGAGCGAGUAUCACUCUUUUUCAACAUUGGAACACUGGGCACCAUAGCCACUGUGGAAAUUCUCGCAUCCAGCAACAUCGUGUUCUACAUGAAUGACAGCCUCGACAAGAGAACCUGGGCUUUGAUCUUUGGUGGUAUCUUUUCCUUGUCAGUGUUUACGCCAUCGGCUCAAAACUAUCGAGCAUGGUCAUUUCUUGGUGUUAUCGCGACUAUAUACACGGCAUUCUAUCUGAUCAUCGCAGGAAUUGUGCAUAAAGAGAUUCCAGAUGUUAACAGGCCGUUUUCCCCUCGGGAGUUCUCAGAGUACUUCAUUCCUAUGACGAAUUUCAUAGCCUUGGGCACGGAGGCCAUCCCUGUGGAGAUUAUGGAUGCGAUGUGGAAGCCAGAGGAAUACAAAUUGCCGUGGCUCUUUGGAAUGGUUUACACUGGAUUGGUCUCAUUAAUCCCCACCAUGAGCUUGUUCUGGAGAUUUGGGGAUAAGCUCCUCAAACAGGCCAACGCCAUAGCUCUACUCCCAAAGUCGAUCUUCCGUGACGCUGCAGUGAUCCUCCUGCUUCUACAUCAGGCAAGAGCCUUGGAAAACCCUCCGCUUAGCUGGAAUGUUUGUGAACAGUUUGUAGUGUUUGGCAUGUUCACGCUGCCAAUCUACCUGAUCUUUGAGAAGCUCUUCAACGUCCACAACUCGCCAAGCUUUGGAAAGCGCAUCCUUGUGAGGGUUCCAGUGUUCCUAGUGAUAUGGGUGGCAGCUCUUGCAUUCCCGUUUUUCGGGCUUUCAACUCCCAUAUCAGUUGCCCUGUUUGCAACCUGGGGCCAGUAUAUCCUUCCAUGCAGCGCUUACAUCUUCACGUUUUGGAAGCGCGCCUCAGAAGCUAGCAUUGUGGACAAGCACUUCUCUUUGCUAAGAUGGGAAACGAUCUUGAGCAUCAACCUUGGCAUUGUGUUGUGGAUGCUGUUUAUGAGCGGGUUCGGGCUAUGGGCGAACAUCGUUGCCAUAGCUAAUCAAGUGCAUCAGGUUGGCCUCUUUACUAAAUGUUACAACUGCAAGAGAGGAUAGCAUUGUUUUUAUAUAUUAUAGAAUAGAUUGACAUUUUAAAUCCUGUA